AGAAUUUCCAUUUUUGGUAGAAUAGUACUACACUUCAGUCCUUCAAUUGUUUUUAAUGUCCGAAUGCCACGUUGGAAAAAUCUAAUAAAAUACGAAUUCAUUGUUUUUAAAUCGUUCCGGGCUGUCUCCUCGGGGUCCUUCCACCACCAACCCCAUCAGCCCGUCAUGGUUGGCCCGGCGGCGAAACAAUGCCGUUCCAUAUAAAUAAAAACCACGCCCUCUUCCUUUUUUGUCACCCGAUCACCACCGCAUUUUCCUCCGCCCCUCCUCUUGUCUGGGUUUGACUCUGAAAUCCCGACUCAAUCCUGCAAAUUAACAACAUGUUUUUAGAUUCGUAUUGAUUAAUUAUGAUCAGAAGCAUAAUCCCACGUAAUUAAGAACCGUAAUUGUGAACAUGGUAACUGAAGUAAUCAUUCGAUUUUGUAAACCCCCACGUUUCUCAUUCUGCAACAAUGGUGGCAUUGAAUACUUUCCUCGCCGAAGGCGCUACGGAUCUUGAAAUGGGUUUGCGCCCAAAAAAUUCGGACCCGAUUAUGGGUCCUGAUAUCAUAAUCGAGCCACCAUCUCCGUCGCCGUCUCCGUCUCCCAGAGCUCCGGCGGCUUUGGUGGUCUCUUAUUCAGGCAAAUCUCUGGGGGCGUCGAACUCCGGCAAGGCAUUGGUGGUUUCGAACUCCGGCAAGGCAUUAGUGGUUUCGAAUUCCGGCAAGGGAUUGGUGGUUUCCAACUCCGGCAAAGGGUUGGGGGUCUCUAAUUCCGGCAAGAGAAUGGACCCUUCGGGAAGGAAAAAGUACGUGAAGCAGGUUACCGGAAAGCACAAUGAUACGGAGCUGCAUUUGGCGGCUCAACGGGGUGAUGUUGCUGCUGUGAGGCAGAUAUUGGAGGAGAUCAACGAGCAGAUGCUGAAGACGUUGAGUGGGGCUGAGUUUGACGCAGAGGUGGCGGAGAUAAGGGCGGCGGUGGUUAAUGAGGUGAAUGAAUUAGGGGAAACCGCCCUUUUCACGGCGGCGGAGAGAGGCCACAUUGAUGUGGUUCGUGAAUUGCUUCCUUACACCACCAAAGAAGGUAUCACCAUGAAGAAUCGUUCAGGCUUUGAUCCAUUGCACAUUGCUGCCAGUCGAGGCCAUCAAGCUAUUGUUCAGUUGCUGUUGGAUCAUGAUCCAGAGCUGUGCAAGACCGUUGGGCCAUCAAAUGCAACUCCUCUUAUAUCUGCUGCUACGAGAGGACAUGCUUCUAUAGUUGAGGAAUUGCUCUCUAAGGAUUCUAGUAUGCUGGAGAUAUCAAAAUCUAAUGGGAAAAAUGCAUUACAUUUUGCCGCUCGACAGGGGCAUGUGGAGGUUGUGAGAGUGUUGCUUGAAAAGGAUCCACAACUGGCGAGGAGAACCGAUAAGAAGGGGCAGACUCCACUUCAUAUGGCUGUUAAAGGAGUUAGUUGCUCUGUUGUUAGGUUGCUUCUAAGGGCUGAUGCUGCCAGUGUGAUGCUACCUGACAGAUUUGGCAAUACAGCAUUGCAUGUGGCUACUAGAAAAAAGAGGGGAGAGAUAGUAAAUGAGCUCUUAAUGCUCCGUGAUACAAAUGUGAAUGCAUUGACAAGAGACCAUAAGACAGCUCUUGACAUAGCUGAAGGACUUCCUUUUUCAGAGGAGACAGCAGAUAUCAAAGAACUUUUGACUCGAUUUGGUGCCGUUAGGGCCAAUGAGCUGAACCAGCCUCGGGAUGAACUCAGGAAGACAGUAACUGAAAUUAAGAAUGAUGUUCACAAUCAGCUUGAACAAGCUAGGAGAACCAACAGGAACAUGAAUGGCAUUGCAAAAGAAUUGAGAAAGCUCCACAGGGAAGGGAUCAACAAUGCAACUAAUUCAGUCACUGUGGUGGCCGUCUUAUUUGUUACAGUUGCUUUUGCUGCGUUAUUCACUGUUCCUGGGGGUGAUGAUGACGAUGGAAAGGCCGUAAUGGUGAGCACCACAUCUUUCAAAGUUUUUUUUCUCGCGAAUGCUGUUGGGCUCUUCACAUCCUUGGCUGUGGUGGUGGUACAAAUUACAGUGGUCAGGGGUGAGAUAAAAUCUGAAAGAAGGGUUGUUGAAGUGAUUAACAAGUUGAUGUGGUUAGCCUCAAUUUGCACAACCAUAGCUUUCAUCGCUUCUUCUUACAUAGUUGUUGGGCGGCGCAACCGGUGGGCCGCAAUCGUAGUUACCGUUACAGGAGGAGUUAUCAUGGCUGGAGUUUUAGGUACAAUGACUUUUUAUGUGGUGAAAUCAAGAAGGUGUAGGAGAGUAAGAAAAAAAGAGAAGAGUUCAAGGGGCGCAAACAGUUCACUGCAUCAUCAUAACUCGGAUAAUUCAGAGUCUGAAGUGAACCCAAUAUACGCACUCUAAUGCAAGCCAUGAUUUUUGAGACUUUGACCUCGUGACUCUCCAAAGGCUGCUUGAUGGAGUCAAGAAAAGGCAAACUUCACAACAGAAGUUGCAAGCAGGAUUUUCUGCUGUCCGUAUAAAUAUCACAUCUUUAGCUCAGCGGGGUAAGACGGAUGUGUGGAAGUGCGCCUUUCAUCUCUGUUUCACUGAUCGCCAGGCAUCGCGCGAUGACCAAAGAUACAAAGUAGCAUGAGGAUCAAAUCGAAUACUCCCUCUGUCCCGAAAUUAUUGUCCAGCUUGGAUUUUCAGCUUUCGUUCAAAUUGUAGUAAAAGUGAAAAUUCAAACUGGACAAUAAUUUUGGAACAAAGGGAAUAUAAGAGAAAUGAUUCUUUCAUGCUCAUUCUUCUUGUUAUAAGAAUUCAACAAGGAGACGCAGUAGUUCAGAUACGUUCCGUUGCAUAGAUUCUUAAAUCCAAAUCAUACAAUUCAUCUACUGCUAACCUAGUUCAGGUAUAGAAAGACUGUUUUCAUACCUGAUAACUUGAGAGUAAAUAUUGGGUGCACCGGUAGCACCAUUCUAGGAGUGACAGUUGAAAUUUUGAAACAAGGAGAAUCCAGC